AUGAAACGUUUGUUAAGACAGUCAAUUUUACCAAUAAUUCCCUCAUUGCAAUCUCGUAAAAAAGAACAAGUGUUCAAAAAUCGUGAAAUUGUGAAACAAUUAAUUGAUAUUACGUUAUACUUAGGUAGACACGGAUUGGCGUUUCGUGGACAUCGUGAAGGAUGGGACGAACAACGUAAAGGAAACUUUAAAGAUCUUAUUAUACUUAUUUCCAAAUAUUCACCUAUUAUGGCUCAGUAUAUUACCGAAAUUAAAAUACAAAAAUACCCAACAACAUUCAUAGAUGAAGAAAUAUUUGAUGCUCGGUUUUUCAGCAUAUCAAUCGAUAGUACUUUUGACAUAUCGAGAAAAGAACAAGUUUCCUUUGUCAUUAGAUAUGUUCAAAACGAUACUGUCAAGGAACGGUUUGUUGCUUUAAAAGAAUCUCCGAACACACGAGGGGUGGAUUUAGCUGAACUUUUCUAUAGUGUCUGUACUGAUCACAAUCUGGAUUGGAAACAUUAUUUAAUCGGGCAACCUUAUGAUGGAGCAGCAAGUAUGCGUGGACAGUAUACUGGUUUACAAUCAAUUAUUAACGAACAAAAUACAAAUGCAGUGUAUAUAUGGUGCUGGGCCCAUAGAUUAAACCUAGUUGCAAUUGAUGCUGUUUCCUCGGGUAACAAUGCUAUGGAUUUAUUUGGAAAUUUGGAACAAAUUUUUGAUUUUGUAUGUUCGAGCAAAAAAAGAGUAUCUUUAUAUGAAAAAAAUCAAAAAACAAUCAAUCCAAAAUUAGCAAUAAGAAGAUUUAAAAGAGUUACUACUACACGUUGGAUGUCACAUUACUAUGCAUUAUGCACUGUACUCAAAACAUUUAAUACUUUGAUUGAAACACUUCAAGUUAUUAGAGAUACAGAAGGGCCAGGGGACAGACGACGUGGCAUCACUGCCGGUGGUUUACUAAAAUACUUUACAUCGGAAAUAUUUUUGUUAACAGCUUAUAGCUUUGAAAAUAUGUUCAAAAUUUUAGAUAAAACAUCUCAACACUUGCAAAGUCCAGAUUUUGACAUUUACUGCGCUACCAUGUUAAUAGAAGACAAUUUGAAAUACUUAAAUAAACUUCGAACAGAUGAAUUAUUUAAUGAAAUCUCUGAUCAAACAAAAAAGUUCAUUAUAGAUAGUGAUUACGAGUUUGAACCUUUACCUCAACAUAGAUCUCGUAAGCGAAAACAAAUGGCUGAUGAAAACGCAAUAGAUGAAUUAACAGAAAGGCUCAUUGGUAACAAUAAUACUUCAUCAAAUAUCUCAAAAAGUCCUGAUAAAUCUACCCUUGGUUUAUUAAAAGAUAUUAGUCUUUUGUCUAAGAAAAGGUUGAAUGAAGUAAAACAAAAUAUUAAAAAUCUUCCAGUAGAUGCUUUUGAUGUUUUUGGAAAAAUUUAUUCAAAAUUUGUUCAACCAGAUAAUGCUAGACAUGAGUAUAAAGAAUUUUGUAACUAUUUUGAAUUAUUGGAAAAAUGUGAAAGCUUGCCAAAUAUGCUUCAUGAUAACAGAGAUACUGCAGUUUGUUUUGAAGAUUCUGAUAUAAAUCAAGAAGAGGAUUUUGAUUCAGAAAAUGACAAAUAUUUAAUAUCAAACAAAGAAGAUGAUGAUGCAUCAGAAAAAAACAUAAAAAAUCAUGGAAGUCUUAGUUUAAUAUACAGAUUAUUUUGCAAUCACGGUUCUCUUAAAAUUAUGUUUCCAACUUUAUUUACCAUGUAUAAAAUUGCAUUAACAUUACCAGUGGGAAGUGUAGAGACAGAAAGAAGUUUUUCCAAACUUAAAAUUGUUAAAAACAGACUUCGUUCUACCAUGUCCAAUGACAGACUAGAAGCACUGAUGAGGAUAAAUUGUGAUCAAGAUAUUGAUAUUGAUUACACAUGUUUUGUCAGAGUAUAA